AUGACAAGUGUAAAUACACAAUUACCUGAGGAAUACAUUAAAAUAUGUUUAAGUAAAAGUGAAGCUCCCUUAAAUAGGAAAUAUCUUUGUUAUAUAGCUAACUCUGAGGAUAAUGAGGCUAAAGAUAAGCAAAAGUCCCUAAGUAUUGAAUCUAACAAUCAAGAAAGUAUUCAGAAUGUACAUAAUAAUAAAAAACGCCAAAGAGGAAUGUAUAAAAGUACUGAAAGGACUGAGAAUCGUAAGUAUAUUAACAACUUACAAAAGUCAAAUUUUUGUGUUUCAUUAGCUUCAAUAGGAGAGUGUACAAAGGGAGAGAAAUGUAAUUAUGAUCAUAAUAUUCAGUCUUUUUUAGAGAAUAAAGUGAUAAGUGAGGAAGAAUUAUCUUGGAAAUAUCAAUAUGGCAAUAUUUGUCCAAGAUUUGAGAAUUAUGGAAUUUGCAAUUAUGGUUUGAAUUGUAUAUUUUGGUUACAACAUUGGGAUAAACAUCUAAAUAGAAACAUAAAAAAAUCUGGAGAAGUGGUGACUUUAUAUGAUAUUGAAGUAUUUAGAAAAAAUCACGAGUUAAAUUAUAUAGAUAAUGAAGUAAGAAAUCAAUUAUUAAGGAAAACGGUCAGAUUCCCCAAAUCAGAUGAUUUUAUAAAGAACUGGAAGGAAUCGAAAUAUAACCCAAAUAUUUCAUUAUUUAAUAAGGAUAAAAAGCAAAAAAACAUCAUAUUUAAGCAUGGUAACCCUCUUUUAGAUCAAAAACAUAUAGGAUGUACCGAAAAAAAUAAAGAUAUUUUUUUUGAGAAUACAAGUAGUAAAACUGAGAGUUCACUUAGUACAAAUAUUCUAAAAAAUUUAGGUUGCAAUGAUAACAAAUCGAAUAAAGAAGAUACUAAAAGUUGUAGUGAAGUUAAACAACCAUGUCUCAUCACCUGUAAUCCAGGUAUUGAUUCAGAUAUAUUCUAUGAAUCAAAUGUUGAAUCCCAAAAGCCUUCAUUUUUCGAUAAUAAACUUAUAUUAGCUCCAUUAACUACUCUAGGAAAUUUACCAUUUCGUAGGCUUUGUGUACGUUUAGGAGCAGAUAUUACUUUUAGUGAAAUGACCUUGUGUAAUGAAAUUUUAGCUGGGAAAUCAUCUGAGCUUGCUUUACUUCGGAGGCACUCCGAAGAACGUUGUUUUGGAAUUCAAUUAGCAGGUGGAAAUUUUGAAACUAUUGCAAAGACUGGAGAAUUUAUUAAUGAAUAUUGUGAUUACGAUUUCUUAGAUAUAAAUGUAGCAUGUCCACUUAAAUCUCUUCAUGAUAGAGGAGCUGGAAGUAUUCUCAUAGAUCGUCCAAAAUUACUAGAAUCUAUAAUUACUGGAUUGAAAAAAGUUAUUGAUAAGCCUUUGACUAUCAAACUGAGAAUGGCAAAUUCAGCUUCUCCACCCAACUUAAAAUUUUAUGAAAAUACUUAUAUUAAUAAUCCCUUAAAUUGGGAUAUAAUUUACUCAAAUAUGGCUGCUCAUAAACUUAUAAAACCUUUGGUAAAUUAUAAUAUAAAUGGAAUUAUAAUACAUGGAAGAACUUCAUCUCAACGUUAUAACAAAAGUGCAGAUUGGAAUUAUUUGAGAUAUUGUUCUAAAAUACUGAAGAACGAGUAUUUAACUUAUAAGGAUACUAAUAAAAAUAUAACUUAUUGCCCUUCACUAAUAGGAUGUGGAGAUGUUUUGAAUUAUUGCGACUACUAUAAACACUUGAAUGAAGAUGACGUAAAUGCUGUAAUGAUUGGAAGAGGAGCUUUGCUAAAACCAUGGAUUUUUACAGAAAUUAAAGAGCAACGUAUUUGGGAUAUUUCAGCAGGUGAAAGAUUUGAAUUUUUGAAGCAAUUUGUAUCUUUCGGUUUAGAUCACUGGGGAACAGAUACUGUUGGAAUUGCCAAUACAAGAAGAUUUUUAUUAGAGCUUCUAUCAUUUUAUCAUCGGUAUAUUCCAGUUGGACUUCUUGAACAACCAAUAAACUCUCAAAAUUUUAAUUGGAGAGUUCCUCAAUAUAUUGGUAGAAAUGACUUGGAGACUUUACUUUCUUCUAAUAAGGUUCGUGAUUGGAUAAGAUUAUCAGAAAUGCUACUUGGAAAAGUUCCCUCAAAUUUUGUAUUUAUACCUAAGCAUAAAUCUAAUAGUGUUUGA